AUGGAAGUGAAUGGUGAACCAGAUGUAGCUGGUAUUUUCAGCGCGGCUUUAAUGCCAUUGAAAGAUAUGAAAGAUGCAGAUAUUUUGGACCAGUAUGAAAUGAACAUGGCUGAUGGAAAUAUAACACCUGACGUUCUAGAACAUUUAUCUCAAAGAACUACACAGAACCAUAGAGAUGGUAUAUUUGGUGAAGAGUUUAGAAAGAAAGUUAGGGAGAGAGAAGGAAGAGAACCUAUUGUACAUGACCUUGCAAACGAAAGUUUACAAAAUGUCAUAAAAACUUACUUUGCAGACAAUGAACCGAGAAGGGAUGAAUAUUUAAGAAAACUCAAAUGGACAGUACCAAAUGAAAUGUUAGUAUUGAAAAACAUGUUCCUUGACAAAAUAAAACCAACUACAGAAAUAAAUGACGCAAGACUGAAACAUUGGGUAAAAGCUUUCCCAUUCACAAAAGAUAUUGUUGGUAACAUGGAAAGAAAACCAGAAUGGCUACAAAAACAUAUAUUUGGAAACGAGCUUAUUCCAUAUGGACAAGCUCUGUUUGAAGAGCUUGAACCGGAAACUCAGGAAAGAGUCAUGCAAACAAUACGCGAAGACUCAAAUACAAACUAUGACAAAAUCUUUCUAGGAUAUAGGUUACCUGAGUUGGGCGACCAGAGCCCAAAGGCAAAAAGGACAUGGGAAAUUUACAACAUACUAGGUGAACAUGAGGCAAAGAUGCAACAACUUGAAGCAGAGGGCAAGUUACCAAAAGCGACACCAAAGAAGAAGAGUAGAACAAAGUAA